AUGUCUUCACCCUCGAAAAGGUCGACGAGAAGCUCGACGGCUGGAACUCCCCGUCGUUCUACGAGAAACAAUCCGGAUGCUGAUCGCAGUACCCCCGCGCCGGCAGACGAAGAGGCGCAACGCCCUGCAGAGACCCCUCGCACAACCCGCCGGUCCCAGCUUGCAUCCAGCCCUCUGUUCUAUGAAUCCUCCUCGCCGGCGCAAUCUAACAAUGGUCGUCGCAAUGCACCUGCCAAUGGCGAUGUUUCGUCUCCCUUGCGGAACAUGAGCAACAGUCAGAGCACCGCCGUUGGCCCUGCUCCCAGCUCACCGCUGCGUCAAGACAUUGACACCCAAUCCACCGGUGAUGGAGAUAGGACACCGCGUGCCAGCGGUAUGAUGAGGGAGUCGUCGCCUAUCCGAUACGAAGCUAGCUCCAGUCCGGGACCAUCGAUGCGGCCGCCUCAGUCAGACUUGCGCAGUGAGAGCAGUGGUCUCUUUGUCUCUGAUCGAGCAUCCCGUUCCCGCAGAGGUGAUAUCAACUCAGAAGGCAUCAGAACCCCCCGCCGCCGCAUUGUCUUGGAUCCCUCCGGCAGAGUGACCACAGAUGCGCCGGGCUCCGAUGCGCUUUCUUUCAGCAACCCAGACCCGAACACUUCAGAGGCAGAUCGCCUUGGUGGGACAGGAGAGAGUGCCAUCUGGGGUACCACGGUUUCUGUUGACGACACUUUUGCAGCCUUCAAGGAUUUCCUCAGGCACUUUACACGGAAAUACCAACUGUACAGAGAGGGCUGGAGUGAGGCAGAUGUUCAAAAUGCGCCCGACGCCGAGUCCAAACCAUACUGGGAGGCUCUUGAAAACAUGCUUCUUCUCGGUACCACUAGGCUCUACCUCGACGUCGCUGAUCUGAAUACCUACCCCCCGACGCGCAAGCUCUGGUACCAUAUCCAAGCCUAUCCGCAGGAAAUCGUCCCCAUCAUGGAUCAGUCGGUGAGCGACAUGAUGGUUGAGUUAGCAAGAGCCGAAGAUCAAAGACAACGUGCUUCUCAGAGCAGUGCUGGCGAAGCGGCCAGACGAAGCAAUACUGCACCCAGCUCCGACAUUGCCUUCCCGAGCUCAGACCAUGCCGGCUCUGACGCCCCGACACCUCGACCUACUCUGGAUCUCCCUUCGAAAGAGGACGAGGUUUCUGGCUUGCUAUUCAUGGUCCGACCUUUCGGAUUGGAGAAGACGACCAACCUCCGAGACUUGAACCCCUCUGACAUGGACAGGCUCAUCACCAUCAAGGGUCUGGUCAUCCGCACCACGCCAGUCAUCCCGGAUAUGAAAGACGCCUUUUUCCGUUGCAGUGUCUGCAAUCACUCAGUCAACGUUGGUCUCGAUAGGGGCAAAAUUCGCGAGCCCACCGAGUGCCCGCGUACUCGCUGCGCCUCCAAGAACUCCAUGCAGAUUAUCCACAAUCGCUGUGUGUUCGAUGACAAGCAGGUAAUCAAGCUUCAGGAGACCCCCGAUGCAGUUCCUGCUGGACAAACGCCCCACUCUGUCUCGGUUUGCGUGUACAACGAAUUGGUGGACUUCUGCAAAGCUGGUGAUCGAGUUGAGCUCACAGGCAUUUUCCGCGUCAACCCUGUGCGUGUGAACCCUCGUCAAAGGACCAUCAAGAGCAUCUACAAGACAUAUGUCGAUGUUUUGCACGUUCAAAAGGUAGACAAGAAGAGGAUGGGUGUCGACCCUUCUACCCUCGGCCUUGAAGGUGAAGAAGAAGAGACUGGCGGCGACAACAACCUUGCUGAAACCAAGAAGAUCAGCCCAGAGGAGGAAGAGAAGAUCAAGGAGACUGCCGCCAGACCAGACAUUUACGAUCUUCUUUCCCGCUCACUCGCUCCAUCUAUUUACGAGAUGGACGAUGUAAAGAAGGGAAUCUUGCUGCAACUUUUCGGCGGCACCAACAAGACUUUCACCAAAGGUGGCAGCCCCAGAUACAGAGGCGAUAUUAACGUCCUGCUCUGUGGUGAUCCUUCGACGUCCAAAUCCCAGAUCCUCUCUUACGUGCACAAGAUUGCUCCUCGCGGUGUAUACACCAGUGGCAAGGGUUCCUCUGCUGUUGGUCUCACUGCGUACGUCACGAGAGAUCCCGAGACUCGCCAGCUUGUUCUUGAGUCUGGUGCUUUGGUCCUGUCGGACGGGGGUGUUUGCUGUAUCGACGAGUUUGACAAGAUGUCAGAAUCAACUCGUUCCGUUCUCCACGAAGUGAUGGAACAGCAGACGGUUUCGGUUGCUAAAGCCGGCAUCAUCACCACCUUGAACGCCCGGACGAGUAUCCUGGCUUCCGCCAACCCGAUUGGCAGUCGUUACAACCCCGACCUGCCUGUGCCUCAGAACAUCGACCUGCCACCCACUCUGCUGUCUCGUUUCGAUUUGGUCUAUCUUAUUCUUGAUCGCGCUGAUGAGAAGAGCGAUGCUCGUCUGGCUCGUCAUCUGCUUUCCCUGUACUUGGAAGAUAACCCAGAUUCUGCCCAGCAAAAGGAAGACAUUCUCCCUGUUGAGUUCCUGACCACAUACAUCUCUUACGCCCGCUCUCAAAUACAACCUACUAUCGCCCAGGAUGCCGCUCAAGAGCUGGUCAACCAGUACCUCGAGAUGCGCAAGCUCGGCCAGGAUGUUCGCGCUGCAGAGAAGCGCAUCACUGCCACCACGCGUCAACUUGAAUCCAUGAUCCGCCUGUCUGAAGCUCACGCCAAGAUGCGUUUGUCUACAACCGUUGUUCGCGAGGACGUUAUGGAAGCCGCGCGCCUCAUCCGCUCCGCCUUGAAGACUGCCGCCACUGAUUCUCAGGGCCGCAUUGACAUGAGUCUCCUGACAGAGGGCACCAGCGCUGCCGAUCGCCGCAAGAAGGAGGAGAUCAAGAACGCCGUGCUUCACCUGCUUGACGAGUUGACUAGCAAUGGACAGACCGUCAAGUGGAGCGAGGUCGCACGGAGGCUCAGCGAAUCGGCAAGCGUGCCCGUCGAGCAGAGCGACUUUAACGAGACGAUGCGGACCUUGGAGAUGGAGGGUCUUGUCAUGAUCAGUGGUGACGGCGCGAGGAGAAGUGUCAGGAGAGUGACGGCGGUCGUGUAA